CUAUAUAUAUGUAUAUAUACACACACAAACAAACAAACAAACAAAUAGAAGAGAAAUAUCAGAAAAAUGGAGGAAGCGACGCCGUGGGAUUGGGCUGCCGUGAUCGGAGCGGCAGUGGCCGGAGUUUGGGUGGUGGUGGUGGUGCAGAGGAGGAGAAGGAGGAGGAGGAGGACGGAGGAGGACGAGGGGAUGGUUCCCCGGGGGAGCUCCGGCUGGCCGUUGAUCGGCGAGACUUUGGACUUUAUAGCCAGCGGUUACUCAUCUCGCCCCGUCUCUUUCAUGGACAAACGCAAGUCUCUGCACGGGGAAGUGUUCAAGACACACUUAUUGGGGAAACCGGUCAUCGUAUCGACCGACCCGGAGGUGAACCGAGCCAUACUCCUGAACCCGGCCAACGCCUUCGUCCCGUCUUACCCCAAAUCUGUCACCGACUUGUUUGGCGCCAACUCGAUCCUCCAAAUGACCGGUUCGCUCCACAAGAGACUUCACGCCGCCGUCGGAGGCUACCUUAAAUCGCCGCCUAACAAAGCCAGAUUUGCCGCCGACGUGGAGCGCACCGUCCGCCGCUCGCUGUCGUCCUGGGCAGAGGAACACCGCAACUUCGUCUACGUCCAGGACCAUGCCAAACAGAUUGCAUUCGAAGUAUUGGUGAAAGUGCUGAUGAGUGUGGAGCCCGGCGAAGAUUUGGAUUUCAUGAGGGCACAGUUUGAAGAAUUCAUGAAGGGCUUGGUUUGUAUUCCCAUUAAUCUCCCUGGCACAACCUUGUACAAAUCCCUCAAGGCCAAGGGGAAGUUGUUGAAACUAGUGGAGAAGAUGGUGGAGGAAAGGAAAGUGAUGGUUGGCUUGGAGGAGAAGGGUUCGGCGCCGCCUGCGGACGCGAUCGAUUUGUUGUUGCGGGACGCAGCGGGGGAGGAGUCGGACGGGACGGACCGACGGCUGCUGCCACCGGAAUUCAUCCCCUCUAACCUAAUAGAGAUGAUGAUUCCGGGGGUGGAGACAAUGCCGACGGCCAUGACUCUUGUUGUCAAAUUCUUAAGUGACAACCCUCUUGCACUUGCUCAAUUGCGG